GCAGAAGCUCCAAGAGGUGACUGCCUGGUUUCCAUUAGGGAGCCCUGGUCGGCAGUUCCAGUUCGGGCGAGACAGCAGGACUGGGGCUGGCUAUGCGGCUGAGCCUGCUGCUGCUGCUCCUACUGCUGCCCGGCCCCCCAACCGCCCCCGGCAUGGAGGAUGCUGCCUUCCCCCACCUGGGAGAGAGCUCACAGCCCCCGCCCCGGGCCUGCCCCCCGCGCUGCUCCUGUCCCCGAGCUGACACCGUGGACUGCGAUGGCCUGGACCUGCGGGUGUUCCCUGACAACAUCACCAGGGCUGCUCAGCACCUCUCCCUGCAGAACAAUCAGCUCCAGGAGCUCCCCUACAACGAGCUGUCACGCCUCAGCAGUCUGCGGACCCUCAACCUGCACAACAAUCUCAUCUCUUCUGAGGGACUGCCUGACGAAGCCUUCGAGUCCCUCACCCAGCUGCAGCACAUCUACGUGGCCCACAAUAAGCUCUCGGUGGCCCCCCAGUUUCUGCCCCGUUCUCUCCGAGUCGCAGAUCUGGCUGCCAACCAAGUGACGGAGAUCUUCCCACUCACCUUUGGGGAGAAGCCGGCACUCAGGUCCGUGUACCUCCACAACAACCAGCUGAGCAACGCCGGUCUGCCCCCCGAUGCCUUCCACGGCUCCGAGGCCGUCACUACCCUCAGCCUCUCCAACAACCAGCUCAGCUACCUGCCGCCCAGCCUGCCACCCUCUCUGGAGCGUCUCCACCUGCAGAACAACCUCAUCUCCAAGGUGCCCCGAGGAGCCCUGAGCCGCCAGACUCAUCUCCGUGAGCUCUACCUCCAGCACAACCAGCUGACAGACAGUGGCCUUGAUGCCACUACCUUCAGCAAGCUGCACUGCCUCGAGUACCUGGACUUGUCCCACAAUCAUCUGGCAGCAGUGCCCGCUGGCCUGCCCCACACCCUGGCUGUGCUGCACCUGGGCCGGAACCGCAUCCGGCAGGUGGAGGCGGCGCGGCUGCACAGGGCGCAGGGACUGCGCUACCUGCUGCUUCAGCACAACCAGCUGGGGACAGCAGGGCUGCCCACUGGGGCGCUUCGACCUCUGCGGGGCCUGCACACACUGCACAUCUACGGCAACAGGCUGGAGCGUGUGCCCCUGGCACUGCCCCGCCGCUUGCGGUCCCUGGUGCUGCCCCACAACCGCGUGGCCAUGCUGGGUGCCCGAGACCUGACCUCCACGCCAGGCCUGGCCGAGCUCAACCUGGCCUACAACCGCCUGGUCAGUGCCCGCGUGCACCACCGAGCCUUCCGCCGGCUGCGAGCCCUACGCAGCCUAGACCUGGCUGGCAACCAGCUGACACAGCUGCCCCCAGGCCUGCCCACCAGCCUUCACACCCUGCGGCUACAGCGCAACCAGUUGCGGGCUCUUGAGCCUGAGCCACUGGCUGGCCUGGACCAGCUACAGGAACUCAGCCUGGCACACAACCGGCUCCGGGUGGGCGACAUCGGGCCUGGCACCUGGCAUGAGCUACAGGCCCUCCAGGUCAGGGGUGGGCUGGUUAGCCACACUGACUAUCCCCAGGCUGCCCCCAUGGCCCUUCCAUCCCACUGCCUACCCAGCUCCUCCUCCAGAAGGCCCUUAGGUAAUACUACAAAGAGCACCCGCCACAGGGACCAGCUCUGGGGUGGAUAAGAUAGAUCCUGCCUCCAGGCCUUUGGCUAUGCUCUGCCGCCUGGUCCCCACUCCACCUCCCCAGUGAACACCGUGACCUCUAGCUCCUUCUGACCACUGUUGAUUCAAGUUUAGAGCAUCUGUGGGUGCCAGGCAUCGCUCUAGGCAUUGGAGAUGCUGCUGGGCACAGUGACGCAGCUCCUGGUCUCAGGCACAGACACCCUGGUUAGGGAGAAUGCGAUCGAUAACAAUCAUAGUUAAUAAUAGAAGAGCAUGAGGAUGCAGAAGAAGUGCCAUCUUCAUGACUAGCUGCAUUAA